AAACGGCUUGCUUCUUUGUGCUCGAUUGAGGAUAAGAUCCUCCACGCGGCGCUUAGAGAUCCUUUCACGUUCUUGUACGCGAUUGAGAGGAGGUUUCGCUCUUCCACCGUAAGCGCCUCUGUUGGAGUGGCGUCUGUGACGAAUAGCUCCAUGAACUGUACCAUCUACUCGUAACGCUCCGCUUGCUCGGCGAGCUUUGCCACGUAAACGUACUGGUCUCUUCUUAAUUUCACCGUUGCCAUUGGAGAGAGAGAGAGUUAGGAGAGCUUGGGAAACGAGGAAGAAAGAUUGCAGAAGCUGCGAAGAAUACAGAGACCCUUGCCAUAAACUGAUGGCAGCACUUUGAGUUUUUUUUUUAUCUAUUUCAUAUCAAUAUUUUUAUUGUUUAGAACUUGAAAUUAUAGUAUCUUGGAUGAAUAUUAACAAAAGAAAAACUUGUUGGUGUGUAGACUACACAGUGUAGUUGAAUAAUGAUAAAGCUUUUGUCGUAUGUGAAAAUUUACAUUCUAAUCAAGCAAACAUCACAGUAGAAAAUGGGUUUGAGGAUGACUAGCAAACAAGUUUAACUGUUUAUGUGUGAGUUCUGUAGUUUGUAUAUGUGCUGUCUGCUUUGUAUAUCGUUUACUUGUAGGAGUCUAAGAAUGACUGAAGAAAGUGAUGCAUGUAGAAGAAGCUAAAGAGAUGGCUGUUGAAGAAGCUAAGGGGUUGAAUCAGGUCGUUGAAGAUGCUAAAAUGUGUACACAGUUAAAACCCAAACACUUAUACUUCUCAGUGGACGUGAUCAAAGAAGACACUGAAAGACUCCGUUGUGCAUUGCCAAAAUGUGAAGUCCUUGAGUUUGUGAAUAAUGGACAGUUCCUCUUCUUGGAGGAUGGGGUAGAUAUGGCGACUAUUCUUAAGAUUGCAUAUUAUUAUCGACGUGGGAAGAAACUUGAUUACAUUUAUGAUUACACUCUGCCUACUCCUUUUGAGCUCAAAGAGUUUGAACAAUCACAAAGUGACUCAGAUUGCUAACCGCUGUUGUUCUCGUCUUUCUCUCAACUCUAGUCAACGGUACAAUAGAAAGAACACUUGGAGGAAUACCUUUAAAGGGACCGGUUCUGUAUGUUGGCAAUCACAUAUUCCUUGAUCUUGAACUGCGUCCAGCAGCAAUUCAUUUCUUGAAAAAGAGGAACAUUAUCUUCUGUGGCCUGGCACAUCCUCUGAUGUUUGCCAAAAAGAUAGGCUCAAAGCUCCCUGAUAUGCAGAUGUUCCUCACAGUUAGGAUAAUAGGCGCAGUUCCUGUCUCGAAUAUGAAUUUCUACAAGCUGCUUCGUUCAAAGGCUCAUGGGGUGUUGUAUCCUGAAGAUGUCUGUGCAGCUUUGCACAGAAAAGUAGUUAACAGUUUUUGUUUUCUCCAUGUAUGGCUUUGACACAUUUUCUGUAGAUCAUUUGUAAAGGAUAAUAAAUCAUUUACAGGACUUUAUAAAUAUCUGUUAAUCAUUA